AUGGCUCCCGCUCUCAUCGAAACCCCCCAAUUGCCCGUUCGCUCCGCGAGCAAGGUGGUGGCGUCUGGAGGGCUUGCCGACUACAAGGAAGCGUUCUCGUCGGGCCCGAAAGUGUUCAAUAGUGAGGCUGAGACCAAGGGAACCGCGAAGCAGCCUCCUGCGAAAUACCCAAACUACUUGCCGGUCUGGGACCUCGAGAAAAACCGUCCCAGAUACGAGCCCCUGCAACCGUUCACGCACAAGGAGCAUGGCAAAGACGCCGAUCCUACCUUCCCGAACCUGCUCCAAAAUGCCAAGGUGUCAGAACUUACAUCCAACAUCGGCGCAGAAGUCGAAGGUGUUCAAUUGAGCAAGCUGUCUGACAAAGGGAAAGAUGAGCUGGCGUUGUUCGUGGCCCAAAAGAAGGUCGUUGCAUUCCGAAACCAAGACUUCGCCGAUCUGCCGAUUCAAGAUGCUCUAAAUUACGGAGGUUACUUCGGACGCCACCAUAUCCAUCCUACAUCAGGUGCUCCCAAAGGCUUCCCUGAGGUUCACCUGGUCCACCGUGGGGCGGAAGACACAACUGCGCGCGACUUCUUCGAGACGAGGACUAAUUCGGUCGCCUGGCAUUCGGACGUCACAUACGAAGAGCAGCCACCGGGAACUACAUUCUUGUACUUGCUAGACGGACCAGUGGCUGGAGGAGAUACCCUUUUCGUCAACCAGGCCGAGGCGUACAGACGUUUGUCGCCUGAGUUCCAAAGGCGUCUGCACGGCUUGAAGGCAGUACACUCCGGUCAUGAGCAGGCCGAUAAUAGCCGAGGCCGAGGCGGUGCUGUACGACGCGAGCCUGUGGCCAACAUUCACCCGAUCGUACGAACCCACCCAGUGACGGGCGAGAAGGCCCUAUUUGUGAACGCGCAAUUCACCCGCAAGAUUAUCGGAUAUAAGAAGGAAGAAAGCGACUACCUCUUGAACUUCCUCUUUGAUCAUAUCGCAAAGGGACAGGACUUCCAAGCACGAGUGAAAUGGGCUCCUGGGACUGUCGUUGUCUGGGAUAACCGAGUGACGGCUCACUCCGCGCUUUUGGACUGGGACGAUGGACAGCGGAGACAUCUUGCUCGCAUCACACCGCAGGCGGAACGUCCUGAAGAAACUCCGUUUGAAAGCAAGUAG